AUGACUGUCCCCACUCCAGGCGCCAAAAAGACGAUCGCGGUCUUGGGAGCAUCGUACGCGGGACACCGAGCGAUCCAAGUGCUGGUCGCGAGCUUGCCAGAGGACUGGCGGGUGGUCGUGUUGGAACGCAACACGCAUGCCAACCAUUUGUACGCCUUUCCACGGAUGAGCGUGGUGCGCGGACACGAGCAAAAAGUGUUUAUCCCUUACACCAACAUGUUCAAGCCAGCGCUCGCUCUGCGGGAGCAGCACCAACUCUUGCAUGCCAACGUCUUGGAGCUGGACCAGGAGAAUCGCCGAGUCUCGUAUGAGCUAAUCAACGACAAGGCGGCCGGCGUGCAGUGGCUGCAAUGGGACUAUCUCGUAUAUGCUCUAGGUAGCCACCUGCCAGAUCCGAUCAACGUUUGGAGCAGCAGCGGCGAGCAAGGUAGCCGCCAGCACGAUGGAAGUAAGAAGCUAGGAGUGCAGUGGCUCAAGGAUGCGCAGGACAGAAUUGAAAAAGCAAAGUCGAUCGUGAUCAUCGGUGGCGGGGCUUUGGGCGUUCAACUGGCAACGGACAUCGCAGUGACGUACGGUCGUUCCAAGAGAGUGACCCUGACUCACUCUCGCGCGCAGCUACUGCCUCGCUUCGACCCAUGGAUGCACGAGAGAGCGGCUGCACGGCUGUCCGAGCUAGGAGUCGAGCUCGUCCUCGGCAGUCGUGUCGACCUUAGCUCGUUGAGCAGCGACAAAAGGUCGUUCCGGCUCCUCGAUGGACGUCAACUCGAAGGGGAUCUGACGCUUUUCUGCCUGGGUCAAACACCCAACACGCUCCUGCUUGGUGAAUCAUCGUUGAGCGAGUCAGGCAUGGCCAGAGUCGAGCCGACACUUCAACUCUCGAGCAAUCCGCGUGUAUUCGUGAUCGGCGAUGCUGCGGAUGCAUUCGGGGCCAUCAACGCGGGCCAUACAGCGUGGGACCAGGCCGAGGUGGCCGCCAAGAACAUCCUUGCGCUCAUCAACACCACGCAAGACCAACCAGCGGCCGAGCUGCAAGAGUACAAACCGACGCCGCCGGCCAUCAAGGUGUCCUUAGGCAUCGAUCGAGCGAUCCGACAGACGAUGGCGGGCGAGCUUGUUGAGGUGGACAAUGGAGUGAUCGAUCUCAACUCGACGAGCAUGUGGACUCGACGAGGUCUUGGCACCGACGAUCUUUGGCUCUAA